CAGUCCAUUCAUAGCUUUGCUUAGAUAACUAUCAAGAUAAUAAUAGUUUUUAACACGUUGUAAUUCCGAUAAAUACCGCUAACACGGCUAUUUUUUAGACCAGUGCUAAGUAAGAAUUUCGGCAUAUAAAUCUCUGAUAACAACAUUGUGCCAUUAAUCAAUGCCAACUCUCUUUGGUCUGAAAUUCCGAUCAUCGAUUUGUUUUUCGAAAGUGUUGUCAACGUGUUGAGAAAAAUGACACUCAAUACGGAAAAUGUUACCAUUAUGGAGUCGCCCAAAGGGACAGCAGUUCAUGCACUCUUGAACCAAACUCAAUUAACCAGAGUGCAGAAGUUUUAUGACGCAAAACAUAUUAUGAUCACUGGAGCUACUGGUUUCGUAGGAAAAAUCCUGAUAGAGAAACUUCUUCGUAGCUGUCCUGGUGUUGAGAAACUGUACCUUCUGGUGCGACAGAAGAAAGGGAAGGAUGUAUUUGAAAGGAUUGACCAAGUCUUCCAAGAACCUAUAUUUGAUCGUCUCAAAGAGCAACAACCGAAAUUCCGUCACAAAGUGAUGGUCGUGUCAGCAGACUUCGAGCAACCUGGGUUGGGGCUGGCCGUGACUGAUAGACAGAUGUUGAUUGGAAAGAUUAACAUAAUCUUCCACGGAGCGGCGACAGUUAAAUUUGACGAGCAUCUACGAAAAGCAAUCAAUAUUAAUGUCAGGGGUCCACUAAAUCUACUUAAGCUAGCCAGGGAGAUGAAGAACCUAGAUGUCCUGAUGCACGUAUCGACAGCGUUCUCCAACUGUCAUCUUUCACAUGUAGAAGAAAAGUUCUAUACUUUCGAUGAUGACUGUCAAAAAUUGUUUGAGAUAAUAGACAAGUUAUCUCUUCAAGAAAUUGAGGACUUACUGCCUGGGAUCUUAAAAGGUUGGCCCAACACUUACACAUUUACAAAAGCCCUCGCAGAGAAAGAGUUAAGAGCAAAUGCUUCUGGGAUUCCUAUUGCUAUCUUUAGACCUGCUAUUGUUGUUUCCACAUACAAAGAACCUAUUAGCAGUUGGCUGGACAACACUUACGGCCCGACAGGAGUAACUAUAGGAUUUGGUACUGGAGUUCUUCGAGUUCUGCACUGCAAUCCAGAGGUUUCAGCGGACCUGGUGCCUGUGGAUAGUUUGGUCAACUGCUUGGUAGUAGCGGCUGAAAGGGUCCAUGCUACAUAUAAAAUGAGACCUCCCCCGCCGGAUCCUCCAAUCUUCAACUACGUGAGCUCUCCUGACAACAGGAUCACCUGGGGCCAGUACAUCAUCAAGAGUAUCGACUCAUUUGAGCAAUAUCCUAUGUUGAAUGCCGUCUGGUACCCCACGUUCACAUUGACAAAGUACGCCUUACUGUACAACAUCUACGAUUUCUUCCUUCACGUGGCUCCUGCUGCCUUUUUAGAUGUAUUGAUGUUAUGUGCGGGAAAAAAACCGAAAAUACUGAAAAUAUAUAAGAAAGUGCACAAAAUGUGUGCAGUGGUAGUGUACUUUCUCACACAUCAAAUAACAUUCUGCAAUAAAAACACACAAGAAUUAUGGAGCUUCACAAGUGACGGUGACAAGGAGAUAUUUCCAUUCAACAUGCAAGAUCUGAAUUGGGAUGAGUAUCUGGACUCCUAUUUGGUGGGGAUUCGGAGGUAUUUGUGCAACGAGACAGAUGACAUGCUGUGCCAGGCCAAGAUCAAGCGGAGAAGGUUGUACUAUCUACACCAAAUAAUGAAAAUCAUUUUAUGCACGCUAUUUGUCUUUACUCUAUGGUCCAGCUUUAAUUUAUGGUAGAAUAAAAUUUUAUUUACAGAACUGCUUCUUAUUACAU